AUGACUUUGUUGCCACCCACAUCAACUACACAACCGUCAUCCACAAGAACGGCGUCCUCCUCCCCUGGCACCGUCACUACAUCCACCUCUGGGAAACAGUCCUGCGCGAUGAGUGCGGGUACCAGGGUAGCGUUCCGUGCGUCUUCCUUCCACAUCUCCAGUCCAAAUACUAACAACGAGGAUAGCUACUGGGACUGGACCAAAACCCCAACCCUAUACGACAACCCGAUCUUCGCCCCCUCCUCAUCCGAAGACCCCAACAUCGACACCUCCCUCUCCGGCGACGGCACCUACGACGUAACCGAGCAACUACUCCGCGACCCCACCAUCCUCGGCUUCCCCGAAGGCCGCGGCGGCGGCUGCGUGACCGACGGCCCCUUUGUUGACUUCCCCGUACACAUGGGCCCAUUCAGCUUCCUGCAGGCGUUUCCGUACGCACCACUCCCGCCCAACGCCUACGAGUACAACCCGCGCUGCCUGCAGCGGAAUCUGCAGCCGGCUGUUCUGGCGAGCUAUAAUAAUGCGACGACUGUUGAUAUGUUGCUGAACGCGCCGGAUAUCGAUGGGUUCUUGGCUGUUCUUGACCCGAGUACGUCCGGGGUAAUGGGGGCGCAUGGCGGUGGGCAUGAUACCGUGGGACCGACCAUGGCGGAUGUGUUUGCGAGUCCGCAGGAUCCCGUGUUUAUGCUGCAUCAUGGGAUGGUGGAUCGGAUGUGGGCGCUUUGGCAGGGGAAUGGUGUUGACAGGGUGUUUGCUUUGAAUGGGACGGCUGUUAUCAAUAACCCGCCCGGGGAGCCGCUGGUUACGACGGAGACGGUUAUUGAGUUUGGGAUUUUGGAUCGGCCGAGGAAGAUUGGGGAGCUUAUGGAUGCUCAGUCUGCGGAGUAUUGUUAUCGGUAUGAUGCGUGA